UCCAAGCAGAUUGUAUUUGCUUAAAUUGCUACAGUAAUUCACAGGACAGCCCUGUCUGGACUCAGAGUUACUGUGGAUUUUUAAAGAAACUCCGUUAGAGAAUUUAGGCAUUUCUGAUUCAGUUAAAGGAUUUGCCAAUUCAUCAAUCCCUGAAACUAAAGCAAUUUUAACAGGACAAAAAAAAACCAUGAGCUUUUUAAGUACAACAUACAUCCUUUUCUUCUGUUUUGGAGUUAGAGUAUAUUGCCAAUACGAAGCUUACCAAUGGGAUGAAGAGUAUGACCAAGAGCCAAAUGAAGAUUAUGAGCCAGAAUUCCAAUUUCAUCAAAAUAUUGAAUAUGGAGUGUCCUUUUAUCAGAAUGUGUUAGGCUGUGCUAAGGAAUGCUUCUGUCCAACUAACUUUCCAACAUCAAUGUAUUGUGACAAUCGUAAACUCAAGACUAUCCCAAAUAUUCCAAUGCAUAUUCAGCAACUCUACCUUCAGUUCAAUGAUAUUGAGGCUGUGACUGAAAAGUCAUUCAUCAAUGCAACUCGUCUAAAAGAAAUAAACCUCAGCCAUAACAAAAUUAAAUCUCAAAAGAUUGAAUAUGGUGUCUUUGCUAAACUUUCAAAUCUACAGCAACUUCAUCUGGAGCACAACAACUUAGAAGAAUUUCCAUUUCCUCUUCCUAAAUCUCUGGAAAGACUCCUUCUUGGUUAUAAUGAAAUUUCCACACUCCAAACAAAUGCCAUGGACGGACUGGUAAACUUGACUAUGCUUGAUCUUUGCUAUAAUCAUCUUUCUGAUUCAAUGUUAAAUGAAAAGAGCCUUUCCAAAAUGGAAAAGUUAAUGCAGCUCAAUCUAUGUAAUAAUCAAUUAGAAUCAAUGCCCCCUGGAUUGCCUUCUUCACUUAUGUAUCUAUCUUUAGAAAAUAAUUCAAUUUCAUCUAUACCAGACAAUUAUUUUGACAAACUUCCAAAACUUCAUGCUCUAAGAAUGUCACACAACAAACUGAAAAACAUUCCAUAUGGUAUAUUUAAUCUUUCCAACCUUAUAGAACUCAACGUUGGACACAAUAAAUUGAAGCAAGCAUUCUACAUUCCAAGGAAUUUGGAACAUCUAUACCUACAAAAUAAUGAAAUAGAAAACAUCAAUGUGACAAUGAUGUGUCCCUCUACUGACCUACUACACCAUCGCCAUUUAACAUACCUUCGAGUGGACCAAAAUAAGCUGAAAGAACCCAUAAGUUCAUACAUCUUCUUCUGCUUCCCUCAUAUACACAGUAUUUAUUAUGGUGAACAAAGGAGCACUAAUGGGGAAACAAUACAACUGAAGACCCAAGUUUUCAGGAGAUACCAAGAUGACGAGGAGGAAGAAGAGGGGGAGGAAAACCAUGAUGGUCAGGACAACAUUCUUGAGGGUCAAGAAGUAACAGAAGAGUACUUUAAUUCUCAUUAUUAUUAAGUGCAAGAAUGGCAAGAAACUAUAUACGUAUAUAUCUAUGACUUCAUAUAGCCAUGCUAAUUACAAAUCUAAACAUAUACUGCUCAAAAUAAUGUAUCUAGAAAUAAGUAUGAGUAUUAGAUCAGAAUUGUACUUAAGGUGUUAGUGACAAUGGCUUCAUCUCAUAGGCUUAGAGCUUACUUAAAAAUGAUGCAAAUCUUACAAAAUAUUAAAAUGGCAAGUGGGAAUAAAAAGCUUAAAUGGGUUUGUUCUUUAAACUUAGAAAUAAUAUCAUGCAAAAAAACAAGUAAGGACCAGCAAAAUGGCUCAGCAGAUAAAGCAUUUGCUGCCAAGACCCAACUCCUUCAAGUUGCCAAAAUUUCCUCUUGCCACAUGUGUGCAUGCCAAUAAUAAUAAUAAUAAUAAUAAUAAUAAUAAUAAUAAUAAUAAUAAUACCUCUAUGUAUGCCACUUUCAAUGAUAGGAUAUUUUCCUAGGAAUGAUGAAAUAAGUGACAUUAACAGUGAAGACAGAAGCUGCCUCUGCCUCCCUGAAUGCUAGGAUUAAAGGGGUUCAUCACCUCUGCCUUAUUUACUCUUUCCUUCCUUUUUGAGGGAGGCACACUUAUAUAUAUUUCUAAUCCCACUAAGGUAUGAGUACCAAGUUCAGUGCUCAAAAUGAUAUUUUUUUUUUUUGGUUUUUCGAGACAGGGUUUCUCUGUGGCUUUGGAGGCUGUCCUGGAACUAGCUCUUGUAGACCAGGCUGGCCUCAAACUCACAGAGAUCUGCCUGCCUCUGCCUCCCGAGUGCUGGGAUUAAAGGCGUGCGCCACUAACGCCCGGCCCAAAAUGAUAUUUUUGAUUUUCAAAGUUACCAUCCUAAGAUCUAAGGCAUACAAUUCAGGAAAUUAAGUGUUCUUUUCUCAGAUCACAAGAGCAAAUGAAUUAUCAAUUCUGUAUCUGCUGUAUGUGGAUAAUUAAAAAUUAAAUUACCUCAGUACAAUCUAUAUUUUAGGAAAUUUCAGCAACUAUUCAAAAUACUCUAUCGUGUUCCAUUUCCAACUGGAUUAAUAUUUUAAAGUAAGCUGGAGAAAGGCCUUAGGUAGUUACAUAAAGACUUGCUAAAAUUGUUUUAUUCACAGGUCAUAUUAAAACUGAUAAAAUAGAAUUUUUACACAUUGUUAAACUUUUCUGAUGGCAUCAUACACUAUAAGCAUAUAUCUAUACUAGCCAGUAUUUAUUUACAUGCUGAUAAAGUUGACUAUAGUUCCUUUGAAAUUUGAUAGACACACAGGCUCCGAUAUCACCUCUAAUACCUUAAAAGUCACUUGUAUUCUCUAGUCCAUUUUUAAGUAUUUUAAGUACGUUUUAUGAUGUAUUGUGAUGAGCUCUCUUAUAUACCAUACAUUAAUGAUUCACAGAACUCCUGAUAAAAAGUAACAAAUGCAUGCCAACACUAAGAAUCCAAAAGCACAUGAUUAAAAUUCAGACAAUGGGCAAUUAACAGAUGGGUACACUAUAAUUUGGAAGUAUUCAAGCUUCUGAGUGCUGAGAAGCCUCUACUGUUUUUUCUAUCUUUGAGUAGGUUGUUAGCAUUAACAGAAGAGAACACUCACCUGUACACAGGUGCAAAGUUGACAAUGCAUAAUGAACACAAACAAAUCUCCAACCAUUCAUUUAACCAUCCACGUCAAGGUAUUUAGUGAAGAAGGUACAACAGUGAGAGAUCGGGGAAAAGAGUACAAAAAGCAACUGUGACACAAAAACAAGGAAGCCCAAGAGUCAAAUACUAGUGGUAUUAGCUAGGCAUCCCUGUGACACAGGCCUAAAGUCCAGUUAGUUCUCCUGAAAUGUUUCAAAAUGGGAGUAUAAAUGCAAUUACGUAUUAUGAAUGAAAAUAUGCUGUGUUGAGAGAUAAGCAAGAUCAGACACUUUUUCUAGCUUCCAUGUUAAAAUUUAAAAAGAGCCACGAAGGAAAUGCAAAUCAAAACCACACUUAAAACAUUUACCUUUUUCUCAUUACAGUGGCAGCAAUCAAAAGACAGGAAAAUAACAAAUAUUGAUGAGGAGACAGAAAGAUUGGUAUCCUCACAUACAGCUGAUAGACAACAAUGCAGCUAUUUGGAAAGCUCCAGUUAGGUUUAAUCAACAUUUCUACUUCUAGGCAUCUGCCCAAGAGAACUGAACACAGGUUCACAAUGCUCAAGACCGUCCAUAGCAGCAUCAUUCAUGAGUCCAAAAGAGGAAACCAAUAGCUGGGUAUGGUGGUGCAAAGCUAUGCAAUCCCAGCACUUGGUGUGGAGGGUGGACGCAGGAAGUUAAGGAGUUCAAAGAGAUUCUCCCAUAUACAGCAAGUUUGAGACUUGCAUGGGCUAGACCCUGUCUCAAAAAAGAACUGAUGACAGACAGGGUUUCCUUUUUUUUUUAAAUUUAGUUUAUUAUGUAUAGAGUGUUCUGGCAGUAGCCACCAUGUGAGCACUGGGGACUUGAACUCAGGACCUCUGGAAGAGCAACCAGCGCUCUUAACCUCUGAGCCAUUUCUCCAGCCCGACAGGGUUUCCUUUAUAAGUAAUGAAAUUUUCUAAAAUUAUUAUGAUGAUGAUUACAUAGAACCUGAAAAUACUAAAAUGGUUGAAUUUGUACACUUACAGAAGGGGGAAUUUCAUUGAAUGGGAAUUAGCACAACAAAGAAGGCAUUUAAAAAAAAUCCCAUAACUUACUCUAACACAAGGUAUAAACAAACAAAAUGGUGACAAGGCAGAAAUGAUAACCCAGGUGACCAUGGACAUCAUAACUAAUUUCAGCCUGGACCAGCUGAAACUUCAGGAAGAAGUGAUACUGUGUGGGGAGUACUAGCAGAAGUAGAAACUAUCAUAGAUUAAUGUAAAGAAGUAGUAAUUAUUUGAACUCUUGUACGGUUAAAAAGUAAAAAUUCUCAAUUUUUGUUA